CAACGACAAAUCCAGGUCAUAUGACACAUCAUGAACUCUCUGGUGAUGGACUUCUGACUGAAGAGAGAACCUACCUAUUCUAUUCCUGCUGGAGUCAGAUUGAUUAUAUUGAUAUCUGAAUCGUACAACAGAGAUGAAUGAACCAAAGAGCCCAAGUACAAAGGAAACAGAACAUUACAGACUGAUCGAAGAAUCAGAUGGAGAAAAUGAGGUGGAUCUGCUUGAUGAACAGGAAGAUGCAACAGAAGAGAUGGAGAGUUGUACAACACAGACUGGGGAAUUGGAGGUCCUUGCUACAAUGGAAACAGAACAUGAUAGACUGAUGGAAGAAUCAGAUGAAGACAAUGAGGUGGAUCUGCUUGAUGAACAGGAGGACACAACAGAAGAGACAGACAGGAGAAGAAAAGAGACACUAGAAUCAAAUAAUGAGGGGAGGAAUAAGGAGAAAACUGAAGAGUUUGAUCGGGAUACUCAAUAUGAGAUUGAUUACUUCCAGGAAAUUGCAGAGAGUAUGAAAGUAUUUGCUUCCAUGAUGGUAGAUAUGAAGAUUGUAAAGGUUGAAAUAAAAGGCAUCAAGGAAAUGCUCAAAGCUCUUGCAGGAAAGGUAGAGUGUGUGAUAGAGGGUAGAGCUCAGAAUGAACAGCAGAGAUUAAGAGAAAAGAGAAAUACAGGAAGAAUAGUCAAAGAUAAUUUACUUGCUCGUAGAAGAAAAUACAUGCAUGGAAAAGGAAUAAGAAAGUUUGACUCUAGACGAUUGAUGAUGAGCAAGAAUGUUGUAAAUGGUAAAAGUGAUGAAGUAGAAAGAAGACAAACUGUUGAAGCAACAGGGAGGGUUUUCACCAAGAAUACUUCAGGUGAUGGUCACAGAGAUGGUGUGCAUGAAAAGCAUGGAGAAAGGAUUGAUGCACUAAGGAAAAUGCCAGAAAAGAACUUGGUGGAAACAAGAAAUGAUGUUUCAAGGGUAAUGACACAGGAUAAUUUGGGUAAUCUUAACAGAGAAGAUAUGAAUGUAAGUGGUGGAGAAGACAAGAUGAUGACUGAAAAGAACUUAGAUGGAAUGAGGGAUAGUAUCAUGCAUGAUCAUGAAACAAGUAACAAUAAUGAUGGACAAAAUGAGAAUUGUGCGGGAAUUGAAUCCUUACAGGAAAGUGAUGAUGAAGAUGUAGGAACUGUUGAUGUAUUCUUCGAUGGUGGCAGUGACAGUGAAGAAGAUAGUUUAGGGGCACAAGAUGAAUGUGCAAGAAGCAAAGAUUAUGAUUCUGUUGAAUCAUGUAAGAGGGAAAAGAAUGACAGAUCCAUUGCCAGCAGCAGGUUGUCACAACAAGAUGAAGAAAGCUUUGCUCAGGGGGUGGUGAAUGAAGAAGUUGCUAAACCACAGGAAAAUUUCAGAUGGGAAAAGCUUCCUGAAGGCAAAAUUAACAGAUUGCGGAGCUUGCCCAUCGGAAGAUUUGCCCUAGAAAUAGUGAAAAAUCUUGUUAGAAGUGACAUUUUGAUGAAAAGCAACUGCACUGGGAAACACACAUCCACUACAAGUAUUCCACAUGUGCAAGCUAUAGAUCCUGGUAUUCUAGAGUAUGCUUUGGAAACGACUUACAAGGUGUUUGAUGUGGAAGAACGUGAAAAGCAUCGUGUACGCCGUGAAUGUGUCUCAACAAUCGAUUCGCACUGUAGAUAUUUGAGGAAAGUGGCAAGAAGAGCACCUAGAAAAUCAGCAAUCGAAAAGGGUAGGAUAGGGGCAAAUCAGGAAGAAAGGUUGCCUGGGAAUGAUUCGAUAGCAUGUCUUCCAACAGAAAUUGCUCCAGUACCAGUGGAGGAAAGACAUCUUGAAGAACAAGCAAUUACAGAGUCAAAAAAGAAUGAAAUAAGUGAGGAAAAGGGUUCAAGAAGGAAAAUGCCUAAAAAUAGUUGUGGACAAACAGAUGGAGAAGAUGAUCAGACUGGAAUGCUUGGAAAUGAUAAGGUAAAUGAGGACACAGAGUUGGAUAAUAGAAGGCAUGACUGUGCCCGCAACAGUGAUGAACAGGAUGCUUCCGUAAUCACAGGAAAGGGCAGACAAUAUGGGAUUGAAGAAUGGGCAUUAAAGGGGUUGCCUUUGAAAAAAUUAACAGAUGUAGAUAUCUCAAACUUUAAAAGUCAUUUCAGAUCAGCAGCUGCUUUUGCCACACAUGCCAUCACUCAUAUUGUUAGUGAUCGGGUACUUAUCAAUAGCAAUUGUUUUGGAAAAACAAGAUCAGACUCCGGAAGGCCAAAUGUCCAACCGAUUGACCCUGAUAUACUGGCAUAUGUCAUUGAGACCACAUUUGAUGCAUAUGGUAUUGAAGAACAAGACUAUACUAAGUGCCGCAAGGAAUGUUUCAUGGCUAUUGAUUCACACUGUAGGGACUUGUUUGCUAGUUCAAAGAGAAGAAAAACUGGAUGUGCCAGUGGGAUGCAAAGAAAUGUUAUGAAACAAAUAGAUGGUGAAUGUGGGUCUGGAGAGAAGAUAGGAAGAAAGGAGGGAAGUAGUGCUACGAAUUCAGAAGGAUUCAAAGAAGUCAUGUCUGAAGAAAGUACAGGUAUAAAGUCAACAUGCCAUUCUUUAGCAGACAAAGAUAUCGCUCGUGUGAAAGGAUCUGGCCCAACUUUGCCCAAGUUUGUCGCUCGUGUUUUGCGACUUUUUUUGACUGAUGACAUACUCGCCAUUUCUAAUUGCUCUGGGAAGAGCUCUUCCGGAAGGCCCAAUAUCCAGAGAAUAGACCCAAAUAUUGUGGCUUACAUCUUGGAAACAGUGUAUGAUGUGUAUGAUGUUGAUGAGUUUGACAAGGCAGAUUUUCGUAGGAAAUGCAUCAUAGCCAUCGAUCAGUGCUGUAGAAAUGAGAAAAAGAAAAGAUGUAAGAAAGGAACAGCCACAUCCAGUGUAAAUGGCAAUGUUCGUAAAAGGAAAGGCACCAAGAUUCAAUCCGAGAAAGAACAGGAAGAGAGUGUUUAAGAGACUUUUACAAAUGAAGAUGAUGGAAACUCAGACUGGAGCGAUCAGUUGGAGAGUUUAUCUGAAGAUGAUAUCAUUGGCAUACACACCAAGGCAAGGUCUGAAGGAGAGUUUGCAAAAAAUGCUCUUAGGAAAAUAGUUAGUGAUCAUGUGUUAAGUGUAGUAGCUCUGAUGAAGCAGUAAAGUUGUAUGGACUCAGGCCUAUCGACCCUGAUAGUCUUAGCUAUGUCCUAAGGUCCACGUAUGAUAUUUAUGGGGUGAUGGAGGAGAGAACGCUGCUGCCGUAGGGAAUGCUUAGAGGCCAUUGAUGGUUAUUGUAAAUACUUACGUGAAAGCAGGUGAAAUGUGAAUAAAGAUAGAUAGAGGAGAGAGAUUGAUCAAGACAGAGAAACGGGACAGAGUUGAGGGAGUAGAGAAAGAGAGGGGACGGAAAAGAGGGAGAAGAAGGAGUGAUGAGAGAUUCAAUGGAGAUUUUUUUUAAAGUAAUCUUGAUAAAAUGAAUGGUGAUUGUGGUUGAAAAUAGAGAAGGAUUAUGUAAAAGAAAGUGAGAGAAUAUCCUAAAUAAUGGGGGGGGGGGGUGUUUCUUAGGUUGGGGAGAGGACUUCCUACAUGUAGGUGGGUAGGGGAUGGUUCAGAAGGUGUAGAAAGAUGCAUGGAGAAAACUGAUAUGGAGAAUAUAUAUGAGGAUGAAAAGAUGUAUGAGUUGAAUUUUGAGAUAGUAAACAUGUGAAUCCUGAUAUGGAUGAUCUCUUUUUGAAAAAUUGAAGUAAUAGAUAUUUUGAUAUUUUAUUGAAAUAAUUGUCCUAGAGUAAAGUGUUAGUAAAGCGAUUAGCAGUUGUACAUUUCAUUUCCAAAAAACAUGUAUUUGUAAUGUUGUAUGUUCUCUUAAUAGAAAUUAAGGACUUUUGAAAUGUGAAUUCAUGCCAAUAGGCUUUUAAUCCAUGUGUAGAUGAACAUAACCAUUCUUUGGCAUGGCUGUGCAUACAUGGUACAUCCAUAUUUACAAUGUAUUUGAUUUUGGCCAUGUUGGCAGUGUCCAGCUUACCACUGGACUUUCACCUAACCCUUGAAAUUUUCAAUUUAUAACUUUUGAAUCAUAUGAAACACAAUAUUUUCCUCAAAUUCAUCAAGCUUCCACCAUUAAUUACACACAUACAUUUUUGCUCAAAAGUUAGUGAACCCCACCACAAAAUGCACUCCUGCUGAGUGUUGAAUGUUUGUUGGGCACAGA